GCUUCAGUACUAAAAUAGCAGUGGUCUCGCCGCGCCCCGCCCGCUUCCAAGAUUCAGCUUCUCAAUCUUGGCGCUGGCCCCCGCCUCUCAGGUUUUUUGACUGACCUAGGAAAGAAAUCGCUCUGAUUGCUCUCUUUCCCUCUCGAUCUCGCUUGUUUCUGUUUUGGGACUCUUCGUUUUCGUCGUACAAGCUACUGACGCGUUUCAUUGCGUGCCAUUCCACGGGGAACUUGGGGCGGGACCUUCUAACUUAUCGACGAAGUCAUCGGCAUCGUUAAUGGCCAAAAAAGCGACGCCAGCUACGACUACAUAUUCUCCGUCUCCUACUAUCCACAAAACCAGGCCACCCAUCUUCAGAAGCGACGAAGCCGACUGGGUUCGUCCGGAUGGCCGAGGCUUCCACCAGUGCCGUCCUGCUUUUUUUAGGACUGGUGCUGUAAAUGCUGCUUCAGGAUCUGCAUAUGCAGAGUUUGGUAAUACCAAGGUCAUUGUUUCUGUAUUUGGCCCUAGAGAAAGUAAGAAAGCAAUGAUGUACAGUGAUAUUGGCCGCCUCAAUUGUAGUGUCAGUUAUACAACAUUUGCCACUCCAGUUCGUGGACAGGGAUCAGAAAACAAAGAGUUCUCCUCAAUGCUACACAAAGCUUUGGAAGGGGCAAUUAUAUUGGAGACAUUCCCCAAGACAACUGUGGAUAUAUUUGCCUUGGUGUUAGAGUCUGGUGGCAGUGAUCUUCCUGUUGUAAUAUCAUGUGCCAGUCUUGCUCUUGCUGAUGCGGGGAUUAUGCUUUAUGAUCUUGUUGCCUCGGUUUCUGUGAGUUGCUUCGGUAAGAACCUCCUUAUUGAUCCUAUGUUGGAAGAGGAAAACUACCAAGAUGGAAGUCUGAUGAUAACUUGUAUGCCAUCUCGUUACGAGGUCACUCAGCUCACUAUCACAGGUGAAUGGUCAACUGCCAAAAUCAACGAGGGUAUGCAGCUUUGCCUUGAUGCUUCGUGUAAGCUUGUGAAGAUCAUGCGAUCAUGCUUGAAGGAAUCUGCCACCAUUUCACAGGAUUAAACACGGUAAUCUUGUUUCUUAAUAGUUUGGUAGAGAAGUCCCCCUUCCCCCUCAAUUUUGAGAAAAUUAAGAAAUUAUACAAAAGUUCUGGAAAAUGGUUAACUUUGGAUUAGAUUGGAAUUUUGAUUGCGCCAGGUGAAAGUAGUAUUCUUUGUUUUUUCUUUUUCUUUUGGGCACUUUAGUGUUGGUCAAGUCAGUGCAGAGGCUACCUGUACUUUAAAAAAGUUGUCUUUGAGAAGGUAAGACAGACCUCAUCUGGUCUCUGGUCUUUGGUCCUUGCGAACACCCUCCCACACGGCUCUUUUCAAAGUCAAAGCUUCGUUAUAUGAUAUAUAUAUUUUUUCUA